AUGCAAGAGUACAAGUUCGACAUUAAGAAGAUUUUAGAUUUAAUGCCUCUUGCUGAGGACAUUAUUAUGAGAUCUAAGCCGCAAUGUUGCGCGAAUUCACUAUUUCCUAAAAAUCGAUGGGGCGUGAUAAAUAAUAAUCAGGCAGAAUGUUGGAAUGGUUGGAUGAAACAGGCCCGAUUUAUGCCCGUUGUAACUAUGGUCGAUCACAUUCGCAAGCAAAUAAUGAAUUUUAUGCAUGAUCGACGAGAAGACUCAUAUGCGAUGGUUGGAGAAGUUUGCCCCAAACAACAGAAAAAGAUAUCACUAAAUUAUACGACCACACGUACUUUAAGGAUUGAUAGGUUUGGCACUUGGAAUUUUGAGGUAAUUGAAAACGAGAAAUCAUAUGCUGUGGAUUUUCAUGCAUGGACUUGUUCUUGGAGAGCAUGGCAGAUCGAAAAGAUACUGUGCAAGCAUGCUUGUGUAUGUAUCGAUUCGAAAGGACUUUCGGUAUAUGAUUACAUGGAUCGUUACUAUAAGAUUGAUAUGUACAAAAAAACUUACCAGCCAAUUUUAAACCCUAUACCUACCUUUGAUAUGGAUUUUUGGAAUGAAGAUUAUGAUGAUGAUGAUGUCAUUAAUGCACCUGAUGUGAGAUCUCAGGCGGGUCGUAGAAGAACUCAAAGAAUUCCUUCACAAGUUCAGACUCGUGUUACUAAGUGUAAACGGUGUGGUAUAACCGUCGCUCUUGUAAACAAGCAAUCAUCUAAGCCUUGUUGUUGUUAA